AUAUAUAUAUAUAUAUCGCAGGCCUUCACUCUAUAGUCUACAACACCACCCUGCCGCCUGCCGGGCAUCAGCGCUUCAGGCCUUUCACUCUUUGUCUUACUCUCCGGUGGUGUGGUGGGGACAUUUAAUGGGGCUGUCGAAGCUUGAGAUGACAAGCGGGAAGAAAGCAGGGCCGUACGAUUCUUCUUCUGAGAGUCAAAAUCAAUGCUCCCCAACCCCAAGAAGAAGCUUCAGUCACAGCAAUGGCAGCAGCAGCACUAAGCCUGCCUGGCUCGUGUCCACCCUUGCUGAUUUGGACGAAAGGAUGAAGAUAUUGGCAAUAAAGUCAGGUGAUGAAGACGACAACAAUGGUGACACCUUCGGGGAACGUGCCCAAUCUUACUAUCAAAAACGACCUCACUUGCUGGCCCUUCUCCAAGACCUCUACAAUGGCUACAUCACCUUAUCCGACCGUUACAUUCAGACAUUGGCCAAACAUCAACAAUAUCAUCACAGCAGACACUCUUCCCAAAUCUCAGCCGUCGAUAAUGAUUACUAUGAUCAGGAAGACCAGACUGAUAAUUGGGACGCCGGCAGCUCCCUGUCUUACCAACAACCUCCAACAACGUUUCUGGUUGGGGAUGAUGUGGUCGCCGACCUUGUGAUAAAGAACGUGGAGUACGAUAUACUGGUGCAUGAAACAACCAUGAUGGAGCGGCGGUGCAGCGAAUCAUCGAGAAAGAUAGGGCUGCAGAAGAGCUUGCUGGAGGUGCUGGAGUCCGAGAGGCUGAUUCUGUUAAACGACAACGCAAAGCUGGGGUACAGGGUGACGGCGUUGGUGGAAGAGAACAAAGGGCUGGCGGCGGAGUCGAUGUUCAUGAAGAGGAAGGCGAGUGAGCUGGCAAGAUGUGUGCUGAAGAUGAGGGAGGAUCAUAGGGUGUACAUGCUCAACCGUAAGAUUGAGGAUCUUCAGGGGCAGAUAUAUGGGUUGGAGAAGAGGAACAAGGAGUACUCUGAGCAGCUUGUGAGGAGAGACCAAGGUUUUGAACAGGAGGAGAAGAAUGGUGAUGACGUGGCCUUGGGUGGUGGUGGUGGUGGUUGCUUUAAAAUGGAGAAGCUUGGUCGGAGGUUGAAGAAGGGUGGUGGGAAGAAGGGGGGGCCUGGAUGGUUGGAGAGGAUGAUGACCAUGGAUUUGUUUCAUUGUGGGCUUAGCCCAGGUUGCACUUCAUGAUGUCUUAUGCUCAAAACUACCACUAGACUAGCUUUUGGGAAAUAUUAAUAGUAUUUUUACUUUUUGUUAAGUUGUCA